AUGGCUCUGACCCAGAAGCCAAAAUCGCCCUUGCUGCGAUCAAGUCUUGAUAACAUUUCAAUUUCGCAAGGAUCUUUGCUAUCUUUUCCUCCAGAAACAAACAAAACCCUGGAUUCCAACCUAAUAUACACUACAUCUGGAAGUAGGCGCAGCCUAAGGAAAAUUAAGAAACCGAACUUUUUUAAAAUAACACAUGACCAUCGACCAGAUCCAGAGCUUCAGGCAGCAUUGAAAAGAAGUAAAAUAGACACUUCCAAUCAGGACAUUGACUAUUCUUCCAUUACCCCCGUCCCAGUUGUGUAUGCCACGAAGGAAGAAUUUUCAAAUCCCAUCAAACUCUGGAAUAAAUAUACCAGUUUAGGAGAGGAAUUUGGAGCCAUUAAGGUAAUCCCGCCUGAAGACUACACCACCAGAAUGCCCAUCGACCUCGACAAUUUUCGCUUCAAAGUCCGACAACAACGCAUACAAUUGCUUUCUAACGGAACGGGGUUUUCACACCCUUCUGAGCUUUGGAACUGUGAGAAGAUGGUAAAGUACGACAAUUUUCUCAAGAAUCAGAUCAUGGGCUCCGACGAUCCGUCUCUCGAAUCUGUGGAGAAGGAAUACUGGACAAUGGUCAGAAACGCAGAUCCAAGAGUCACAUCUUUCUAUGGAGCGGACCUCAACGUCUUUUCUCCCAAUUCUAAUGUGAAAGAUAAUUUAUUAAUGAAGUGUGAGACGAAAGAUCCCUGGAAUCUCUGCAAUUUACCAAAGUGUGAUGGGUCACUGCUCAAGUACAUCAACAACGUCGUACCAGGCGUGAAUAGCCCCUGGCUCUAUAUAGGCAUGAUUUUCACCUCGUUCUGCUGGCACACAGAAGAUAAUUACUUCGGUUCCGUGAAUUUCCAUCACAGUGGUGCUCCAAAGGUAUGGUACCUCGUGCCUCCCAAAAAAGCGCCCAAAAUGGAGUCCAUUUUAAAAAACUACUCUUCACUUGAGGGAGAAGAAUUCGCUUUGUAUGGCCUGAGGGUUCAAAUCCCGCCAGACGUUCUUAUUUCCAACGGAGUCACGCUUUACAGAUUAGUUCAGAAAGUAAACGAGUUUGUAAUGGUUUGGCCCAGAACUUUUCAUUGCGGGUUUAAUGCAGGAUUUAACUGCAAUGAAGCAUGUAACAUAGCACCAGGAAAUUGGAUCAAGAUGGGAUACAAGUCACUAGUAAACUACAAAUAUGCUAGGAAGACUUGUAUACCUUUCUUUAGAAUCAUACUAUCAUCAAUUCCUAAUGUAAUGGAACUUGAUGCUACGCAUAUAAAGAGUAUAGUCGAAUGUUUGAGUCUUCUAAUAUCUGAAGAAUUCCAACUAAGGUCGAGGAUAUCGUACCCGAAGUAUCAAAUGUUUUUCGAUCCUGAAGUUGUUAGAAAUCUAAAAGAUUUAAACAAUUAUCUUUCAUAUAUUGAUCGAACAGAUUUUGACUUGGAGAUGUUUAUAGAAUCAAUGUAUAAAUCCUAUACUAACAAUAACUACAAAUUCCUUUUAUCGUGUAAAGAAAUGGCAAGCUUUUGUAUUAAAGAUUGUGAUUUGUGUGACACUCCGACCUUUGGAAGUGCUGUUCUCUGUAAUCAUAUUAACACCAUCGUUUGUAUAUCUUGUUUAAACUACCACGAAUGUGAUUGUAAAACGAGAGUUGUACUUUAUAGAUACCCUUUAUACACUCUGUACAAUAUAAUAUUAAUUCUAAAAAGGGUCUACUUUUCUAUGACUGGCCUUAAUUUGAAGCUAGAUCCUGAGUACAACACACCUAAAGAAGAAUUGCUGAUCAAGCUCGACUCUAGUUCUUCCUUUAGCUUUAAUAAUUUCCAAGAAUCUAAUCACUCGGACGUUCCCGCUGAUGAGAACCUCAAGUACAAAUGUAACAAGAUCGGCCUCAUUAGGCAGAACUUCGAGGACAUAACCCAAGUUUGCAGGAAGCUGACAAAUGCCAGAAUGAAGGGCAGGAAGAAGAAACUGGAUAAAAUUGUCAUAAUCAAUGGUGAUUCUUUCGAAGAUUCCCAAGCUCCAGUUCCACCUGAUCCCCUUGAGUACGUGACCAAGUUGAGCCUAAAGUAUACUAUUCUGGCCCUUGAGGAGGAUACCAGUGAAAGUCAAGUUUAA